CUUUACGUAUUAACCAGCCCCGCCUCACCUCUCCUUCUCUCUCCCUAUCUCUGUGAGACCACCCAUGGCUUCUUUAGCCCUUCCGGCCCACCCUCGGCCCUCCGUCUCCCCAACUCCGCGCUUCAAGACCCCGUCCCUCCGUUCGGCGGCUCCCAGACUUGUCGUCUCAAACGCGGUUGCUGGUGGAACAUCACUACGUUGGUUCCAGAAAGAGAAAAUCAACCUUUCUAAACAUGUGAAUGAGAGCUUCCAUGAAGAAGGUGAUUGGGAAAAUUUGGAUGCUGAUGUGUAUCACUGGACAAGGUCAUUACGUCCUGUGCAGUGGUAUCCUGGUCAUAUUGCAAAAGCAGAAAAAGAGUUGAAAGAACAAAUAAAGUUAAUGGAUGUUGUCGUAGAAGUUCGUGAUGCCAGGAUUCCUAUGGCUACAAGCCAUCCGCAGAUGGAUUCCUGGCUUGGCAAUCGGAAAAAAAUUCUAGUUUUGAAUAGAGAAGACAUGAUAUCUGCUGCUGACAGAAAUGCAUGGGCUAAUUUCUUCUCAAGGCAGGGCAUAAAAGUUGUUUUUGCCAAUGGGCAGCUUGGAAUGGGUACCAUGAAACUCGGAAGGCUUGCAAAGUUAUUAGCCACUGGUGUGAAUACGAAACGUAGAGCUAAGGGACUCCUACCUCGUCCUGUCCGAGCUGGAAUAGUUGGAUAUCCAAAUGUAGGAAAAUCUUCUCUAAUUAACCGUUUAUUGAGGCGGCGAAUGUGUCCAGCAGCUCCUAGGCCAGGAGUCACAAGAGAACUGAAAUGGGUCCGUUUUGGGAAAGAUUUAGAGUUGUUGGACUCCCCCGGCAUAUUACCAAUGCGAAUAAGUGAUCAGGCAGCUGCAAUCAAGCUUGCAAUAUGUGAUGACAUUGGGGAGAGAUCAUACGAUGCUCCUGAUGUGGCUGCCAUUCUUGUACAAAUGUUGACAAGGCUUCCAGCAGUAGGCUUAGAUACUCUCUGCAAGCGCUAUAGAAUUGAUUCAGAAGGUCACUGUGGUAAAAUAUUUCUAGAGAAACUUGCCCUUCAUUUGUUUAAUGGAGAUGUUAGUCAGGCUGCUGUCCGUGUCUUGAGUGACUUUAGGAAAGGGAAAUUUGGUUGGAUUGCACUAGAGAGGCCUCCUAGGUGAAGCUGUUGAAGUUGGACGUUUCGCCAUUCUUAAUCGAGCAGCCUCCAGUGCCAGAAGGCCCAGAACAAUGCAGGGAAGGUGAGGUUGGAUCGUCUGGGGUGGACGCAGCUCCUGGACUACCAAGAAAGAUCGAAUUGGCUGAACAUAGUAAUGAUGUUCAAACAAGUUGCCGGUGUGUUCUUCUCAGGGAAAGGAAAAAAAAAAAGGCAAAGAGCAGCUUGUACAUGAUUGUUAAAAAAUGUUUAGAGUAUCUGAACAAAAUCUUUUGUAUUUAUAGUCAAAUCAUCCAUCAUUAAAGAGGAACCAUGUUUAUCUUAGCAAACAGGGAUUUUAGCAUGAUUAGUAUAAAGGCUAGAGGAUAUAGCUUGAGAUA